AUGACGGUGAUGCUGCUGAUGAUGGUGGCGAAGGCUCUGACACUGAAGCUGAAUGAAGUGGACUUCUAUGAAUCUUUUAUGGAUGAACCCGUCACCAUCCCAGACAAACCGUACACCGAGGACCAGCUGGUGGACUUUAUCAACAAACACAAGAGAUAUUAUCGCCUGGACGCGUCUCGCGUCUCCGGGUAUAUUACAUCAGAUCUCCCAGAGAUCAAUAGACAGCAAGAGAUCUGCCUCCUGCCAGGACCUGCCCCCACCCUUGUGCCCCAAUGUGGUGUGAGCGGGGCAGAGAUCGGCCCAUCAGUCUCUGUGGUUGCUAAUGCUGAAAAAUGUCUGAACUUCUGCUCAUCGUACCACCUGAUAACCUCUAAGAAUGAACCCCGACACCAUCCACAUAGCAAUGAGGAUGAUCUGGACGGGAUCCAUAUUGUGGCCUUCGCAGAGGAGGAGGACCCAGAUGGUUAUGAGUUCGUCCAGAUCCUGAAGGAGGUGGCCAGAGAAAACACGGAGAACCCUGAGCUCAGCAUCGUCUGGAUCGACCCCGAUGACUUCCCAUUGCUGGUGACCUAUUGGGAGAGAACUUUCCACAUUGACCUGUUCAGGCCUCAGAUUGGAGUUGUUAAUGUCACCGAUGUGAGUAUCAUGCAUCCAUAUUACCGGAUCUG